AUGACAACUGGGCUGGGCCGCUUGAAUUCGGUUCGGAGAUCGGAACGUGAAACUUCUCUGUGCGGAAAUCGAAAUAUCUCACUUCUAAGAUCGGAUCCAUUCGACGUCGUUGCAGUGAUAAUGGCUUCGUUCAGCGGUGAUGAGACGGCACCGUUUUUCGGCUUCCUCGGAGCCGCAGCUGCGCUCGUCUUCUCCUGUAUGGGAGCUGCAUAUGGCACAGCAAAGAGUGGUGUGGGCGUGGCUUCGAUGGGUGUGAUGAGACCGGAGCUGGUGAUGAAGUCUAUUGUCCCGGUUGUUAUGGCUGGAGUUUUGGGUAUUUAUGGUCUUAUUAUUGCUGUUAUUAUCAGUACUGGCAUUAAUCCCAAGGCCAAGUCUUAUUACCUCUUCGAUGGUUAUGCACAUCUCUCCUCUGGUCUUGCCUGUGGACUGGCUGGGCUCUCUGCUGGCAUGGCUAUUGGUAUUGUUGGUGACGCUGGUGUUAGAGCCAAUGCACAGCAACCAAAGCUUUUUGUUGGAAUGAUUCUCAUCCUCAUCUUUGCUGAAGCUCUUGCCCUGUAUGGUCUCAUUGUUGGUAUUAUCCUGUCUUCUCGUGCUGGUCAGUCUAGAGCUGAUUAA